AUGGCGUCCGAGUCAGGCAAUUUCCUUCAGUACCAUGAACUAGGCAUUAUCGAGAUUUUAAUCGCGGUUUCCUUCUUCACCUUCUUGUCAUUGGGCGAGUAUAUCUCUAGCAAGAUUAUUCGCGCCAAUAUCAUAGGGUCAAUCGUGGUGGGAAUCAUCUAUGGUGUACCACUUGCCAACAUUCUCCCGAGUGCAUGGCAAGAAACCUUUCUGGCCCUUGGCUAUAUCGGUUUAAUCCUAAUUAUAUUCGAAGGAGGUUUGACAGCUCGACUUGACCUUCUACGCGCCAAUUUUUUGCUCAGUCUUUGUGGCGCAACGACAGGGGUGAUCCUUCCUAUCUCAUUCUCUUAUCUGUUGCUGUACUUGGGAUUCGGCUACGGAGCGGUCGAAACGUUCAUUAUUGGAGCUGCACUUUCUGCAACAUCCUUAGGGACAACUUUCGCCGUCAUCUCGGGCGCCUCUAAAGAGGUCGAUCUUUCUCAGACUCGGGUCGGCGCCGUUCUCGUGAGCGCGGCUGUUAUUGACGAUGUCACUGGUCUCGUCAUGUUGAGCGUCAUCCACGAUUUAGGAUCACUAUCUGGUGGAGGCUCGGCCAAUCUUGGCUGGUUAAUCGGUCGCCCAGUCCUUGCAUCCGCGCUCAUGGCGAUAUUGACGCCCGUAUUGUCCAAAUGGGUGUUUGCGCCCUUCUUUCGACGAUACAUAGAGCGACGGUUUGCGAAGUACGACCAUUUCUCGAACAUCAUCCUGAUGACGUUGGUGCUCAGCGCUUUCGUCUCGAUCGCUGCAUAUGCGGGUACAUCGGUUCUCUUCGGCGCCUUCCUGGCAGGUUCGUUCUUGACCUAUCUACCAAGCAAACACCCAGAAGGCCCGUUCGUCGUUCUGAGUAGAGAACAAGGAGAGAAGGAGAAAAGCAAGAGUCCUACCUUCGUUCACACCUUCGAAUGCUAUCUAUUGGACGCGCUCCAAUAUGUGUUAGGGCCUCUGUUCUUUGCGAGUAUCGGCUUCGCAAUACCUUUCCUCGACCUAUGGACAGGCGAUGCUAUCUGGAGAGGUGUCGUCUACACCUUGGUCAUGCUCGUUGGCAAGCUGUUAGUGGGCACUUGGGUUCUAGCAUGGCAAUUCUUCAGCACUCCAAAAGAUGAUGAGAAACAACUUAUAACGAGCAACAGCAGGUCCGACGAGAAGAAUUCUGGCUCUCGAAUGAGUGGUUCGUUAGAGCCAGCGCUCCUCCUUGGUUUCGCCAUGGUAGCACGUGGAGAGAUUGGACUUCUCAUCGUGCAGAUUGGCUACAACGAUACAUCUUACGUGUCUGAGGCCGGAUUUCUGACAGCUAUCUGGGCCAUUUUAUUGAACACGAUCAUAGGGCCAGUUGUGGUAGGUCUCUUAGUCAAAUACUUUGGAAAGCGUAUCAGCAAAGGAGCAUGGGGUCUUGUCGAAAACAAUCAAUAG